GGUAAACAAAAGUACAAAACAAUAUGAAAAAAUUUUUAAAACGAAAAAAGAAAUUGGGAAAACACAAAAAGAAAGAGAAAAGAGUUGGAAAAUGAAUGAAGAAGAAAAUUCAAUCCGAUCGAAUGCAGGUUUUGACGUCCGCAAGAACUCAUCCUCUCUCUUUCUCUCUCACACACUCACACACUGGCAACAAAAAAAAAGAAAUUAUAAAAUGGAAAAUGAUAAUAACACACUCUCAUAAAACACUUUCUCUCUCUAAAAACUACAGCCAAGAAAAGAAAACCAGCUGAAGUAGAUACUACUAAAACUUGCUUUUCUCUCUCCAUUCCUUCUCUCUCUCUCUCUCUUUUAUUCUUUCUCUCUCACACACAACAGUGAAAUUCUAGAGCCGGACUCGGAAUCGGAAAAAGAGGAAAAAAAUAUAUUUAUUAAAGUGAUUUUCUGGAGUUCAAACUCUGUAGCUGGGAUUAAAAAUAAAAUUCCAAAUUCAUGUAAUGUUUUUUUUUUCUUUAAUUUAAUUCGGGAAAUGUUGAUGAGGAAGAAGAGUGUAUACAGUGUGUAAUUUUUAUCUUGUAUUUGAAGUCUCAAUCUCUUGAAUUUUGGGAAGCAGUUUCGCUUUCGCCCUGUUGAAAUCUUUCCGGCGGUGAGCUUGAAAUUGAUGCUAGAGUGGGAUACAGAUUGCAAUUUUAGCAGAAGAAAAAGGAGUUUAAGAUGUUUGGAGCCUCAGGUGGUUGGUUACAUCCGCAAUCUAUUGAUUUUCGACUUGUUGUGGAAGAUAAAUUUAGCAGUGUGCUCUGCUUCCAAGGUUUUUGCUCUGUUUUUGUGCACAAUAGACUCGGGAAUGUGUAAACCCUGGUUCUCAUUUUGUUGUGCUGUUUGAUUUGAAGUUUGUGGGCUUUGUGUUUCUUCUGCUUGCCGCAUUUUCAAGUAAUUAAGUUUGUGAAGGUGGGGUUUUUAGGUUCAUGUCAUUGUAGGUAGCUUUCUUUGAGAAAUUUAGUAUCUGUGGAUUUUGUUUUCCUGGGAGAAAAUGGUACCUCCAGGUCCUCCUACUCCACUUGGUGGUUCUCAGUCUGUGCCUGCCUCAUUAUUGAGGUCUAAUUCUGGAUUGUUGGGCGGUCAAGGGGGCGCAAUGCCUUCGCAAGGUGCUUUUUCAUCUAUGGUUUCCCCACGAACUCAGUUUGGCAACAUGAAUAUGCUUGGGAACAUGCCGAAUGUUUCAUCUCUUCUACAACAAUCUUUUGCUAAUGGGGGGCCAAAUCCUGGGCUCUCUGGUCCUGGAAGUACCCAGCGGGGGCAUAUGGAUAGUGGUGCUGAAUCUGAUCCACUGUCUUCUGUUGGAAAUGGGAUUGGAUUUAGUUCUCCUGCCUCUUCGUUCAUUUCAUCUUCCAUGCCAACAAACCCUAAUUCAUCCGGUCAUGUUCAGGGUCAACAGUUUUCAAAUCCUUCGAGCAACCAGAUGUUGACAGAUCCACAGCAAAAUCAGCAACUUGAUCCUCAGACAUUUCAACAUAAUCAGCAGCAAUUUUCGGCACCUAGCAAUCCUCAACAACAACAGCCCCAGCAACCCCAAUUUCAGACUAUGCGAGCAGGAUUAGGAGGUGUUGGGCCUGUCAAAAUGGAGCCCCAAGUAACAAGUGAACAAAAUCCUCAGCAGUUGCAAGCUCUAAGAACUCUAGGUAGUGUUAAAUUGGAACCACAGCAGCUUCAAAAUAUGAGAGGCCUUGGACCUGUUAAAAUGGAGCCGCAGCAUUCAGAUUCACCUUUAUUUUUACAUCAACAGCAGCAACAGCAGCAGCAGCAGCAACAACAGCAACAACAGCACCAGCAGCAACAGCAGCAGUUGCUCCAAAUGUCUAGGCAGUCACCCCAAGCUGCAGCUGCCGCACAGCUUUUGCAUCAACAGAGGCUUAUGCAACUUCAACAUCAGCAGCAGCAGCAACUUCUAAAGGCUAUUCCUCAACAAAGAUCGCCGCUGCAGCCGCAGUUUCAGGCACAGAAUUUGCCGAUAAGGCCUCCGGUGAAACCUGUGUAUGAGCCGGGAAUGUGUGCUCGCCGUCUGACACAUUACAUGUAUCAACAACAACACAGGCCUGAGGACAACAACAUCGAAUUUUGGAGAAAAUUUGUUGCGGAGUAUUUUGCCCCGAAUGCGAAGAAAAAAUGGUGUGUUUCUAUGUAUGGAAGUGGUCGCCAAACAAAUGGAGUCUUUCCGCAGGAUGUCUGGCAUUGUGAAAUAUGCAACCGUAAACCAGGCCGUGGAUUUGAGGCAACUGUUGAAGUUCUGCCCAGGCUUUUUAAAAUAAAGUAUGAAAGUGGUAUUUUGGAAGAGCUACUUUAUGUUGACAUGCCGAAAGAGUAUCAGAAUUCCUCAGGGCAGAUUGUUCUUGACUAUGCCAAAGCCAUACAAGAGAGUGUCUUUGAGCAACUUCGUGUUGUCCGUGACGGCCAACUUCGUAUAGUGUUCUCUCAAGACUUGAAGAUUUGCUCGUGGGAAUUCUGUGCAAGACGUCAUGAGGAUCUCAUUCCUAGAAGAUUACUGAUCCCUCAGGUCAAUCAGCUUGGGGCUGUGGCUCAAAAAUAUCAGGCUGCUACACAAAAUGCAUCAUCAAAUGCAUCAUCAAAUGCAUCCGUUCCUGAGUUGCAGAGUAACUGCAAUAUGUUUGUUGCCUCAGCUCGUCAGUUAGCAAAAGCACUGGAAAACCCUUUGGUAAAUGAAUUAGGAUACACGAAGAGAUACGUUCGAUGUCUUCAGAUUUCGGAAGUUGUAAACAGUAUGAAGGAUUUGAUUGAUUACAGCCGAGACACUGGGACAGGACCUAUGGAGAGCUUGGCCAAAUUCCCCAGGAGGACAAGCGCGUCAACUGGGUUUCAUAGUCAAUCUCAGCAUGCUGAGGAUCAGGUUCAUCAUCAACAAACAGGUGGUCAGAGUUCAAACAAUGAUGCGACUGCUGCCAUGCAACUUCCUUCCAGCAAUGGAGUAUCAAAUGUAAAUAAUUCAGCCAACUCAGCUCCUCCAACUCCCUCGAGUAGUGCCAUUGCCGGGUUGCUUCAUCAGAACUCCAUGAAUUCCAGACAGCAAAACCCAGUUAACGGUGCCAAUAGUCCUUAUGGAGGAAACAAUGUUCAAAUGCCAUCUCCUAGUUCAUCAAGUACCGUGCCACAACCUCAAUCCAAUCCUUCUCCUUUCCAGUCUCCUACACCAUCAACGUCAAACAAUCCUCCUCAAAGUUCUCUUGGCGGCUUAUCAGGUGGAGCUCAUAUGAAUUCUGCUAAUUCACCCAGUAUCAUGAUACAGCAGCCUUCAAUUCCGAAUGAUACGGAUGCAAACGAUUCACAGAGUUCUGUUCAGAAAAUCAUUCAUGAUAUGAUGAUGUCAUCUCAACUUGGCGGUGGUAUGAAUAACAUGGGAAAUGAUGUGAAAAAUGUGAACGGGAUGAUGCCUUCUAGCAAUAGCAUGGGACUUGGCAGUAAUAACGGCAUUGCUGCAAAUGGGGUCACGAAUGGCAACGGUAGUGGCAUGGGGGGUUCAGGAUAUAUGGGGAACGGAAUCAGUCAGGCUGCAAUGGUUAAUGGAAUUCGAGCUGCUUUGGGCAACAAUGCAAUGACAAUGAAUGGCAGGGUAGGGGGCAUGGGGAUGGGUAGAGAGCAGACGAUGAAUCAGCAGCAGGAUUUAGGGAACCAAUUACUUAGCGGCCUUGGAGCUGUCAAUGGGUUUAACAACCUUCAGUUCGAUUGGAAAGCAUCUCCCUGACUGUGUUGAGUUGAUGAUUCUUGAUACUCUUCCGGCCUUCGAGUGUGCAGCAGCUUGUGCAGCAAGAGAAAUGCAGAGAUUUCCUUGUUCUCCCCAUGGCUCGCCGCAGAACAUGUGAAAAUAUAGGCAGGGCCGGUCCCGGGCCAGUGUUCGCACUGCGCGACGGCUCAGGGCCAGGAUAAAAAUGGGUCCAUCCUAAUUAUGGAGAAGGGCCUGGAGUAGGGUGAAUUUUUCAUUGUGCUGGAUUUUUCUAGGGCUAAAAUGGGUCUGCUAAUUGCCCAAUCUAUAUUACCAGAUAACAUUAACAUCCUUCUCCAAAAGGUGCCCAGCUUAUCUUUCUUUUUUUCUUUUUUCUUUUUCUUAAAAAAAAAAACAAGAAAAAUACGGAACACCUGGUUUGGCUACUUAAAAAGUUAAAAAAGGAAAAUAUUAACAAAAGAAAUCCACGGCAUUUUCUGUUAGCUACCUUCUCUUCUACUUAUAACCUUUUCAUCAAUCGAGUUCCAACUCCAUUCUGCAUAGUAAUUGUGUUGAAGUUUACAUUUUUGCUCUUUUUUUUUUUUUAAAUCCUUUUAGAACUGUCGUUUAAGGAGUGUUAAAUAGAAUUUUCAUUCUUAUGGCUUCUUUUGAUAGUGUGCAUCAAUCAAUGAAGGCAUUGUGCUUAAUUCAAAUGAUUAAAAUUAUAAGGGGUUACGAAAUUGGGCGAUUUGUUUGGAUGAUAUGGAGUUCAAAACCCAAAAUUGGAUUGCUCUGAAAGAAGAUUCUCUAUAUUUGGAGCUAAGACUUAUCUCUUCCAAUCAAAACAAAUUGUCUAACUAUUGUGAAGAG